UCGCUGAGAUCGGGCAUGACCAGGCCUGCUUGUCUUCUCUUCCCAGAGAUGGAGCAGAAGGAAGGGAAGCCCUCAGAGGAUAAAAUCACUGUCCCCCCAACCACAGAGGACCCUGGGACCCUGAGAGAUGGAGCCUCUGCAGAGAAGGAGGGUGAAGGCACAGCUGGGAAGACUGUCCAAGACCAGGCUCCAGAUGGGGCAGGAAAGCCAGAAAAUGCACCAGCUGAAUUCCAGGGAGAAGCAAAUGGGUUAGAUGAGGUCAAGGUGGAAUCUGAAGGGGAGGCCAAGGCUGAACUUAAAAAAGAAGAUGGUGGGAAGGAAGAGACCACAGGGGCCUCUCAGGAGAAGACUGACAGGAAAGAAGAGACCAAAUCUGAACUCAAGGAGGCUGAGGAAAAAGAAGAGGCCACAUUGGCCUCUGAGAAGCUGAAAGCUGACGAGAAAGAAGCCAAGCCAGGAUCCAGGGAGAAAGCUGACGUGGAUGACGAGGCCAAGGAUGAACUGAAGCAGGCUGCCGAUGAGGUGGAAGAGGCCAAGGCUGAACCCAAGGAGGCUGAUGGGAAAGAGGCAGCCGUGGUGGCCCCUCAGGAGGAGAGCAAAAAGAUGGAGGAGCCCAAGGCUGAACUCAAGGAGGAGGCUGGUGCGAAAGAAGCCAAGACGGAAUCUCAGAAGAAGGCUGUUGUGAACGAUGAGGCUAAAGCUGGACCUCAGGAGGUUGAUGGGAAAGAGGAGGUCGAAAGUGAUGCUAAGAAGGAGGUGAGCGAGGCAGAGGAGAGGGAGAAGGCUCCAUGAAGUGGGGAGGCAGAAUCUGGUGGUAUCAAUGAAGAGCAGGACCAGUACGUGGCGGAAGGACCAGAGGAAGGGGUAGGGGUGGUCCCCAGCUCCCCGGAUGAGUGGCCUGAGAGUCCCACGGACGAGGCCCAUGGCCUCAGCCCCGAUGGGGUGCCCCCAGAAGCAGAAGCUUCUGGAGAGACCAGUCCUUCUGCCAGUGAGUCUUCUCCCAGCGAUGUGGCUCAGAGUCCCACGGAGCCCUCUCCCCCGAUGGAAAAGAAGAAGGAAAAGGCCCCAGAGCGCAGGGUGUCAGCCCCUACUCGGCCCCGGGUGGCCCGUGCACAGAACCGCAAAGCCAUCGUGGACAAGUUUGGCGGGGCAGCCUCGGGCCCCACAGCCCUGUUCCGGAACACAAAGGCAGCGGGGGCAGCCAUUGGCGGGGUCAAAAACAUGCUGUUGGAGUGGUGCCGGGCCAUGACAAAGAAAUACGAGCACGUGGACAUCCAGAACUUCUCCUCCAGCUGGAGCAGCGGCAUGGCCUUCUGUGCCCUCAUCCACAAGUUCUUCCCCGAUGCCUUUGACUACACUGCGCUGGACCCCACGCAGCGCCGGCACAACUUCACCCUGGCCUUCUCCACCGCUGAGAAACUGGCUGACUGUGCCCAGCUGCUGGAGGUGGAUGACAUGGUGCGCCUGGCAGUACCCGACUCCAAGUGCGUCUACACUUACAUCCAGGAGUUGUAUCGCAGCCUCGUGCAGAAGGGACUAGUGAAGACCAAGAAGAAAUAAGGUGCUGACCGAC